GGUCAAAGGUUGUGUUGGUAAAUCAAGAUGGCUGCCCCCUUAGAGUUGUACUGCUGGAAAGGUGGUUGGGGAUUGCCUUCUGUGAACAUAGAAUCUUUAACAGUACUGGCAUAUGCCAAGUUUGCUGGUGCUCCCCUAAAAAUCCACAAGAUUGCCAAUCCCUGGAGAAGCCCUACAGGUUCCCUGCCAGCCUUGAAGACACAUGGAGAAGGAAGUCUCUCCCAGCCCAACAAGAUCAUCAUCCACCUGAGGAAGCAGAAAUACAACGCAGACUAUGAUCUAUCUGCUAAAGAGGGAGCUGACAGCCUGGCCUUCAUCUCACUGCUGGAGGAGAAACUCCUGCCUGCUUUGAUCUACACUCUCUGGGUUGACCCUAAGAAUUAUGUGGACGUGACUCGGCGGUGGUAUGGUGAGAAUGUCCCUUUCCCUCUCAACUUCUUCCUGCCCAGUCGUAUGCAGGGGCAACAACUGGAGCGACUACGCCUGGUGAGAGGGAACAGCAGGCUGGAGCCGGGAGAAGAGCUAGAGAAGGAGCUUUAUCGUGAUGCUCUUGAAUGUAUGAACCUUCUGUCCCAGCGCUUGGCUUCACAGAAGUUUUUCUUUGGGGAUUCCCCCUCCUCUCUGGAUGCCUAUGUAUUUGGCCACCUGGCCCUGUUGCUCAAAGUAAAGUUGCCCAAUGGCAAGCUGCAGCAGCACCUCAAGUCGAUUGACAAUCUCAGUCAGUUCUGCUCAGACAUCCUGACCCUCUAUUUUCCCAACGAUGGACGUGAGACUCCUGGCAGUAAGAUCUCCACCCAACCACACAGCAAUGAUUUUGACAACGAACCCAACAAGAGACGUAACCAAGUGCUGUCAGUUUUGGUGGCCCUGGGUGCCAUGCUAAGCUAUGCUCUGCUUACAGGCAUCCUCUCCAUCCAGCAGGUCCACCCUCAGGGGGCACUAGGAAGCUCCAAGGGACAUGGUGCAGGUACCCAUGAUGAAGAUGAGGAGGAGGAGGUAGAAUGAGGAGAGUGCACAUGGUUGAAAGAUCAAAAAUGGCACUACCCUCUCAGGACCAUGUAAAUGAGGUUGCUUUUGAAGAGCACCUGGAGAUGCCAUCUUUUUCACAUGUUCAAGGACAUGGAGAAGGGUGGUGCUUAUGUGUUCUUUUUUAUUUGUGAAGUAUGGUUAAAAAAUCCUCAGUGCUCAUCAUAGGUGGAUCAGGAGAUUAACCUGCUUACAUUGGCAACUUUUUUGUUGGUGCUUUUUCCAUUAAAGCAAUUUUUUAUUCUUUAAAACGACCAGUAUUUGAGUCAUGGGUCACCUCAUUCUUGAAAUUCUAAAUCAAGUGGAAUAAGCCUUUAUGGUUUCAGGUUUUUAUCUAAGCCAUCUUUAAUGUUCUUGUUGGAUUUUAAUACAGGAAAAUUGAUUGGAUUUCAGGUUAUUAAAACCAGAUAUCCUGGACCAUUAUUCACAUGCUUGUUUUUUUUAGUACUGUUUUUACUCAUUGUUCACUAUACAGUCUCAUGCAAAUGGAGGCUUCUAUGGGAGCUUUGAAAAAUGCUAUAACUGGAGCAUUUAAACUCAGGAGCCUGAAAAGGUUGUCUUACAAUAUCAUGCCUUACAUUUUGUAAGGUAUUUUUGAAGAUCAGAUUAUGUAGAACUUGCUGUACAUGGCAUCUUGAACCUUGCACUUCAUUUUACACAUGCAGUUCAGGUUCAGAACCUCUCUAGUGGUUUUCAAUGUUUAUGCCAAAUUAAGGUUUUGGUCGUGUCUGCAGAUAGUACCUAAUGUGACCAAAUUACCUGUUAGUAGAUGCUAAGAUGGAACUGAAGAACCAAAAAAUAUUGUAAAAUUAUUUAUUGCUCCUUGAUGCCCUGCAUCUGAAUUAGUUUGAAUCUUUUCCUAUAUAUGAAUUUCAUAUAAAUAAAAAUUUCACACAAA